AUGUCUUACAUGAUUGGAUGUUUUUCAAAGGCUACGGAACAGGAAUCGUAUAGCAAAGCUACUGAAGUCUAUUCGGUAACAAAAGUGGAGAAACAGACAGAGGAAGCUGGGGUGAAAGAAUCUAUUCAAAUGGAAUGUAUAAAUACCAGUGAAGUACACACAGAAAGCAAUAAUAAUGCUGUAAUAUGUGAUAACACCUUGGACAUGAAUCUUGUCACUAUUGGAAAAGGUGAUUCUUGUGUAACAGUAUGGCAGGAAGAGAAUAACACUAUGCAGCCGUACAUGCUAUCAGCUCAUAUGAUGCCAGACCAAGGUUACUUGAAAUGUAAAAUCAGCCAUGAUAACAAGUUUAUCUUUCUACUAGAUAACCAGAAUAAUUUAAGCAUGUUGGAUUUUAAGUCAUUGGUCACUUGUGCAUACUGGUCUACUAUCAAAGUACAGGAUUUUAUUUUGAUGACAGUAGGAUCUGUUCAAACAAUGGACAAAGAUGGUGAUCUUGGUUAUGGCUUCCGAGUAAUAGUUUUAACAGUACCAAACCCAGAGUGUUAUUUACAGGUAUAUUCUUUACCUGGUAUGAAACUCACAUACUCAUUAGAAGUUGGUUGUCAUUCUGCUCUUGUUGAUGCUCCUUUAAGUCAGGAUACAAUUUUUUUGAUAGAGGGAGUACGCAGUGAUGAUGAUUUUGACAAUGAUAAUGGACUAGUAGCAACUCUGCGUGUCAGAUGUUUGACAGAGGCCCUGCCUGAUACGAGAUUCCACAGACUCUUACAUAAGAAGAGAUUUGAAGAAGCUAUUCAGUUUGCUCAGCAGUUUGGUCAAGAUGUUCAGCUGGUGUAUAAAGUGAAGAGCUGUCAUAUAAAUGACCUAGUUGCUCCAUGGUCUAAUCAGUCCGAUGAUGUGGAUAUCGCACAAUUAUUUGUGUCUUAUAAAGACUGCAUGGAACAUAUUCAGGACAUUGAAUAUGUUACUGAGUCUUGUACAAACACUGAUUUCCCCAACUACAGCUGUAUUGUGGAUCUGCUCAAUUAUGCAAGAUUUAGGGUUAAUGGAUCAAGUAAAAACAGUAAUAAUUCGAAAACUACUGAGUUGAUGGCAAUGAUCAUGAAAGUACAACAUAGAUUAGAUACUUAUAAUAUGACAUAUGGUGUCAAGAACUUCAGUGGACCAAAGUGGAGUCAAUUCCUGGAUGCUGAUCUGCUUACUGAGUGUAUUGAUAUGUUGAGUAAAGGACAGAUAGGCACUGCUGCAACAAUAUGGAAAAGACAUCAGUGUGAAUUUGAAGACAAUUUUACAGAGAAAGUCUUGGAGAAUAUCUUAUCUUCUAUUCCUGAAAAUAUCAAAUCUGAAGAUAUUAUUCCGUGGCUUGAUAAUGAAAUAAUUCCGUUUGUAAUUGAGGUUCUUCCUUCGGCCCAGAAUUUGUUGGCUUUGUGGCUUAUCAAGAAAGCCAGAGAUAUGGAACUUUCCGAAAAGGAUGACUGGCCAAACAAUGCACUGGAAAUGGCACAACUUUUAUUCAAAUCUGGUAGAUCUAUAGAACAUUCAGAACAAGGCAGAAAGAUUACCACACCGUCAGAGUUUUCAACAUUGAUAUGUAACCACUCUGUGACUUGCAUGAAUAACACAAAACAGAAUACCAGUAUAACACUAUUACAGAAAUUAAUUCAGAACUUGAAAGAUUUAAUUAACCUGCAUAAAGAAUACAAGUGUAAGCUGACUUUAGCAGAAUUUUCAAAGGAGACCACCAGUACUAUUACUUUCCGUAUGUUAGAUAGAGUGGUAGCACCUGAGUUGAUACCACAAUCUAUCACAAAAGUAGUUAGACCAUACAUGAAACAACAUAACCUGGCAGAAGAAGAACUACUGUUCCACUAUAUCAAGGAUUUGACCGAUCGUUGUGGUAAUAUAUCGUCUUAUGCCUAUGAAUCGUCCUGGGAAGCCAAGGCAGUAGCUGUAAUACACUGUAUUAAAGAUCUGGAUUAUUUUUAUCAAGCUAUAUUGUCAAUGAUGCUGAAAGUUACCGUGCCUUGGAGUGAUCUGGUAGAAAAUCUUGUCAGAAAGGGUUUGUCUUUUGACCACCCAAGGGUUGAACAGCUGAAACAAGUACAUGAGUUUGUGAAGUUGCGGACAAUUAUACUCAAAUAUGAUCUGUAUAACUUCAAUAUAUCAAGUGAAACUAUGGCUCCGUAUCUGUUGAAAUACUUCCUGACUAAAGAUUUACCAUGUGCUAUGGAGGAUGCACUACAAGUGGUGAAAGUCUACCCAAAUAUAGUGAAACCUGACGAUGUUUAUAUGUUCAGACUGAGAUUUCUUGUACAACAAGAGAGAAUACCGGAAUGUAUAGAUUUGUUAAAAGUGAUUCCAAAAGCUGAUUGUAUAAAAUGUGCUAACAGACUGUUAAUAUAUUGUCUUACUGUGCUCAAUGCUGAGGAAGAGGAAACAGAUGAAUAUUUGGAGUGCCAGCAUGAAGAGAAAGUCACAUUUACGGAAACUGGUAUUGCUGUUAUUCAGUUCUUAAUAAAGAUAGAAGAAGAGCCAGCAAUUCAAGGAGAUUUACAAACACUGCUGACACAGCUGAAAUGUAUUCUAUCUUUACAGAGGCAGUACAGUAUAUUUUUGACACUGGAUACUUACAGAAACCCAACUUUGAGAGAUGAAAUCCUAACAAGUUAUCUUGUAGAUUUCUUUAGUGGAAAGAAUAGUCAUACAAUGUCAAAGGUUGCUUCUGGUGAUAAGAAGCCUGCUAAGACACAGAAUACAGGAUACAAUAGAAUCUAUAGAUUAGCCGAGUUAUUACAGACGUCUUCUAAUGAUUUGAGAGGUCAGCUGGCUAUAGAAGCUGCAAGGAAUGGACAAAUUGAAACUGCUAUUAAGAUGUCCAAUGAAUUAUAUGAAUUGGUGCCUGAUGCAAAGACGAGUCAAGUCUUGUAUGCUGUUGCAUAUUAUUUGUGUAAAUUACAAAGUGAUGACAGCAAAACAGAUAAGUGGUUUUCACAUGAAAUCUAUCAGUUGGCUUGCCAUGCUGCUCUUUUAUGUCAUACUGAUAUGCUGUGUGAUUGUAUGGAGUUGUGUAAGUGUACUCGCCUCACUGAUCAAAUAUUCCAGCAGUGUGAAAGUGGAGAUUAUGGUGUCACUGUACAGAGCACAGCAAGCAAUAUUCCAGGAUUUCAAAGAGAUCCGUAUAUAGAAUGGACCUAUAAUGAUUUCUUCAAAGAGGAUGGAUUGGUAUUAGACUCAAGUAUUGCUAUACCAUUGUCAAAUCUAUUCAAUAUGUGUUGUAUUCCUAGAAUUAGACCAGUAGUAGAUAGACUGCCUUAUGAACAUGAUAGAUUGAUUGGUCAGAGUAUUAAUGACCUUAGUGAUCAAGAAAGCCAACCACAUCUGAUGGAUCUUAGCCAUAUAGCAUGGGAAAUGGUUUCACUACUCCAAGAAAACAGUCUAUAUAGUCUUGGAAUGGCUUACAUUUUAAAGACAAUAUCUGAAUUUGUUUUGUACAGCACCAGUCGAAAUAUGGGUUUUUCAGAUGCUAUUAGUUCACAAGCAAUGGACUCAAUCAUGGCACAACUAAAAUCUAAAGGAAAUGUGAUGGUACAGGAACAUACAUCCAAUCUUCUAUUGAAGAUUUUUGGGAGUAGAAAGGUGGACAUCUCAUUAGCACUGGGAUAUGCUUGUAUUUUAACAAAGGAGAAAGCCUUGGACAAACUAAAGAGUAUCAGUACAUCAGCAGGAUAUAAUUAUAAUAAAGUUACUGCUGUCAGUAAAGUCAGUGAAGAGUUGGCUUUGUUAUACAAUGAUAGUGAUUUGGUUUCACAUUGUAAGAAGAUGGCAACCAAAUCAUCUUGGGGUUCUCGCCUUAGUCAACUGCAGAUUUUAUUUCAAGAAGCAUUUAACACUGAUCGAACUGUUAAUUAUCAAAAUCUACUUCCACAAAUAAUAGAACAUAAGAAUGUUAAUAUUGACAUGCUGAAAGAUUACUGCAGAGACUUUGGUCUUAACAUUGAUGAGGCAUUGUGGCUGUAUCUUGAAACAUUACUGCUGUCUGACAAACACAUGGACUAUGGUAAUACGAGUGAGACACCAUUGGAUGAAACUCUUAUCAGAUCAGUCAUACUCCAAGUGGUUAAUUUAGAUACAUUAAAAUGCAAGUUGGAGGACAUUCUUGACAGGGUCAAUUACUAUGACUAUGACAGAAUUACUUUGAUUCUAAAAUUAAUGCAAGAGUUUUGUCCACUGCAGAAAACUGAAUUAGACAACCAAAUAAUGAAGGGUAUGAAGUUGUUUGAAUAUCUGUAUGCAUAUCAAAGAGUAAGCAAACCAUCAACGUAUGAAGCCACAUUUAGAUACAAAACUGAAGAAGACCAGCUACUGCAUGGCAGUCAUCCGCUACCGGAGUUAUCCAAGACUAGAUUGCCCUAUCACCCACUCAUACAUGGAAAACCAUGGAAAAUUAUAUCCCCUGAGUUGAAUGCAAAUACAGUGUCUAGUCUACUACCUAUAGCUGAAGUGUUAAAGUUGCAAGGGGAUAAUAUGUACAUUGUAGCUGUUCAGAAUAUUGUUAAUGAAGUUAAAAAACAGUGGCAGCUUCAAGAAAGUUUGGAAACAGGUUCAACAAAUGUAUCAUGGAAUACAAGCAGGAGAAUGAAUGUCAAGACAUUAGAAAGUUUUAACAACCUGUUGAUGAAAAUAAGCGAUAGAAAAAUGGCUGUAGCAACCUGUAGAUGGAUAGCCCAGGAGAUUCCAAGAGGUCCUGAUCAGGUUUUGAUGUUAAAGUUGUGUUGUGUCUUAGCUCACUCAUGGAAAGAAAUAUCCCAGAAUGAUCCUGCCACCUUAGAUAUGGCAACUACAACUUUAGCCAAGUUUACUGAACUACACAAGACACUGUCUACAGAGCAAGUUCUGCGUAAAUACCAUCUAACUGAUGUGACAUAUUUACGGUUGACAAAUCAACCAGCAAGGUUGAUCUUCACUUUAUAUGAGCAUAAAAGUAUUGAGAAGUCAUUUGCUGGAAGCUUAGAAAGUUUGCCAGAUAUUCACUCGGCAGCAGAUGAAAUCUCAGCUGUGAAUGCGUAUAAUAUUAGUAAGAUUAGAAUGACAUUACUUGAGAAUUGGCUUCCAUCUCAACAUUAUAAGAAAGACCAUAUGGAUGAGACUGCUGGUUUUAAUUGGAAGUCCAAUGAAAUUAGCGAUGAUGAAAGAAAUUUGAGAAGGUAUAUUUUGAAAUUUUCUAUUUCAGGCAUCAGCGGUUGUUUGUAUUUGUAG